AUGUGUUCUCUUCGCAACGGGGAGAGGAGACAUAGGGGGCACUGUAGAUUACAACUACCCCCCCCAAAUAAAAUUAAACGCUUUCUCCUCGUCGUUGAUUCCACAUGCAAAACAGUAAACAGGAAGUUCCCGGGUUCGGAGCCCAUCGAGACUCUAGAGGACAUCUACAUCGGCUCAAUCGAGACGGACCGGGGUGUGCGGGAGCAGGUGCGAUUCUACGACACCCGGGGCUUGAGGGAGGGAUCAGAAUUCCCCAAGCACUACUUCUCCUUCGCUGAAGGCUUUGUGCUGGUCUACAGCAUCAACAGCAAGGAGUCCUUCAAGCGCAUGGAGGCCCUCAAGAAGGAUAUUGACAGAUACAGGGAUAAGAAGGAGGUGAUCAUUGUAGUCCUGGGCAAUAAGUGUGACCUCCAGGACCAGAGGCGAGUGGACUAUGAUAGUGCCCAACACUGGGCAAAGACGGAGAAGGUCAGGCUGUGGGAGGUGUCCGUGGCCGAUCGCCGGACGCUGAUCGAGCCCUUCGUCCACCUGGCCAGCAAGAUGACCCAGCCCCAGAGCAAGUCCACCUUCCCCCUGAGCCGCAAGAUCAAGGGCAGCGGCUCUCUGGACAGCUGAAGAGGGUAGGGUGUGGAAGACACUCCUGAUUUGGAACUUGUGGAAGUCUUUCAGCAGUAUGGAACUGUAGUCAAAAUGAAUCAUGCUGUUGUCAGUCGACCACUGUGGCACAUGCUUCAACGUUCAGCGUUUUUGAAGCAUGAUGUGGUUCCGUUCUUCUGAAAUGCCCUGUCCUUUUUGUUUUUGUUAAUAUUAUUACAUUAUGUGAUGGUGUACUGGUGAUUGUGAAAGAACACGUUCUGUAUUUUCGUCUUGCUGGAUUUUAGCGACCAAUAGUAAAGCUUUUCGUCAGGCA